GUUGGCCGGGACGGCGAGGCGCAUGCGCCCUGGCGUCAGCCGGCUCUAAAUCGCGCCCUAAACUCCUCGCGAGUUACGCGCCCGGCCCGGAAUCUGUGAGUCAUCGUGACCCGUCCGGGAGGAGAGCGAUUUGGGGGGCCGCUUCGAUUGUGACGCAGCUGAAAUUCGCGUCCCACGGCCCACCCCGCCCGGGGACGCUUCCGUCCUGACGCACGUGACCACCCGCCUUCCGUAGGGGGCGAGGCUUGGCCCCGCCCUAGCCCGUGCCCCGAGCAUGCGCAGCGGCUUGGCCUUCCUGGUCGGCCGUACGUGACGGGCGUGCGUCAACAUGGCCGCCCCCUGGCCGCGCACGCUGCUGGGGCUGCUUCCCGGCCUCUGGCGGAGUCGCUCUGGAGCCCAGGUUCCCCUCCGAGCUCUUUGCACCAAAGGUCCUGAAGAAGGUGCCCCGUCCUCACUCCCCGUUUCCCCCUAUGUGGAUGAACCUUGGAAAUACCUGGAUUCAGAAGAAUACCAGGACCGCUAUGGCUCUCGCCCUGUUUGGGCUGACUACCGCCGCAACCAUAAAGGUGGUAUACCGUCACAGCGGACCCGAAAGACAUGUAUUCGCAAGAAUAAGGUUGCUGGGAAUCCUUGCCCCAUCUGCCGGGAUCACAAGCUGCACGUUGACUUUAGGAACGUGAAACUCUUGGAACAGUUUGUUUGCGCCCACACGGGCAUCAUCUUCCACGCCCCCUACACAGGGGUCUGUAUGAAGCAGCACAAGAAGCUGACCCAGGCCAUCCAGAAAGCCAGAGAGUGUGGUCUCCUCAGCUACUACGUUCCCCAUGUUGAGCCCCGAGAUGCUGACUUCAGCACUGCCCAUGGAGCUGUCAGUGUUACUCCGCCAGCCCCCACGUUGUUGUCGGGCGAACCUUGGUACCCAUGGUACAGCUGGCAGCAGCCACCAGAGAGAGAACUGUCCCGCCUUCGCCGGCUCUAUCAAGGAAAUCUCCUAGAAGAAAGCAGCCCCCCACCUGAGUCGAUGCCCGAGAUGCCCACUCCACCACCAGCAGAAACCGUCACAGAGCAGAUGGGCUCCCAGAGUGCUUAGGACUUGUGAACUGGGAAAGGAGUCAGGGGUUAAGGGAUGGUCUCUAGGGCUAUGUGAUGGCGUUUUGAGACGGUGGCAGACCCCAAGGAAAUGACUGCUGAAGAGGACAGACACAUUUGAGGUUGAGGGGAGAGGUCUAGAGGCACGUGGGAUACUGACUGGAGAGGGGUUCAGAUGUGACCAGGAGAGUUGACUCCUGGUGUGUGUGCUGGAUACACAAUAAAGCUGUGUCCUCCUG